CCUCAGACCUUCGUUGGGUCUGGAGCUGUGGUGCCCGUACCAGGUGGUACCACGUAAUCCUGUCUCGGUUGUUGGCAUGAGACAUCUUAUAUUUGAGGUAUAAGUGCAGCACCUAGGUGGUUGUUCCUGACCUCAGAUCGUUCAGAGUGGGACUGUGUCGAUGGCCUUCCGGGCGUUGAGAUGUAUGGAUAUCUUCUAUUUGAGGGAUAAGCGCAGAAGAUACGCACCUCCAAAUUCAAGCGCGGGGUAUCUUUUGUAUCUUGGAGUGAGAAAGGAUGCAUGAGGUGGGCAAGAUGAUGAUGUCAACGAUUCUCCAAACACCUUAGGUAAGCAAGUGCACACGGCACUGGUGAGACGAUUCUACCUUAGUUAGACUAUCGAAAAGAUACCCUACGUCUUCGUUAACAAGAGAAACAGCUCUACUAGCUAGAGGUUGCGGCCACAUUUCUUCUGGUGGGAGUUUCAGAACGGAAAUCAUGAGAAAAAGCAUUCCAAAGAUCUCCUGUCAACUUGUGGUGUUGUUGGCAUCGGCACUGCUGGUGCCGACAAGCAACGCAUUCUCUGUGCCUUCGUCAAGACGGUCAUCGCCAGUUUCGGUUCGAUCUGUCAUCUCGAAGAGCCCUCUGUUGCCUUGCCAACGAUCCCGUGGUGGCUUGCCGUUGCUCUCUACAGUGGCCACGACCACUAUAGCUGAAGAUGCCGUGCCAAGCGAAUCAACACCAUCAUCAGGCAGCACACUCAGCAACUUUACCAAAAAUGUGACCAAGUUCUUUAUGGUGGCAUUUAUCGCCACUGUGGCCUUGGGCUUUAUCUCGUCGCUCUCCAUCAUCCGACUGCUGGGGGUGCUGAGGAUUGGCAGUGAAACUCGCCGACAGAAAUGGGCUCUGAGCACGGGACAGUUUGUCGCACGAUGGGCGUUGCGAUUGAUUCCUUUUUGCAAGGUUGAUGUCAUUACCGACAAGGAUGCUCCCUCCUAUAAAAACCCAGAACCAUCGAUAUGGGUGUGCAAUCACAUGUCCAUGUUGGAUGUUUUUAUCCUCUUGGCCAAGGAUCUUGCCAUGAGAGGCAAAAAUAAACGACCGAUCAAAGUGGUAUAUUGGAAACAACUGGAAGAUAAUCCCUUUACAAAAAUCCUCUUUCGACAAUCCGGCUUUAUCCCUAUUGACAUGGUAGCUAACAAGCCAGGAGAAACGAACGAAUACGACCGGAAGUCCUUCAAGAGCUUUUUGAAAUCAUCCAAACAGGCCUUUGAAGACGGCUUUGAUGUCGGCGUGCUCCCAGAGGGACAACUCAACCCAACUCCUGAGAAAGGUCUCCUACCAGUCUUCUCUGGAGCCUACACUUUGGCUCGAAUGAGCAAAAGACCAAUUCAAAUGAUGGCACUGCACGGCGUGAAUCAACUCUGGCAUCCCAAUGAUGGUUUCGAAGUGGGUGAUAUGAACGUCACAGGACGACACAUUAAAAUGCGAUUGUAUCCAUUUGGCCGCAAGUAUGAAAGUGAUGAGGAUUUCAAAGCGACCUUUUCGGCUGUAGUGGGACAUUUUGGAAAGUACGGAACAGAUAUUGAGGAUCUGGACCAGUGGUUGGAUGGAUCCAAAUGGAAGGAAAUUGAAAUGGAGAGAAAGAGCUUGGCGGCGAAAAAGGCGCAGGAACAGUUUCACAGAGGACUUUUAGCAAGAAGGAUUGCAGACGAGAAGAAGGAAAGUGAACUCAACCUGCAACAGCAAGAAUAAUCUUGAAGAGUAGAAGCGUGAAACAUAUCAACAUGCUGGGUAUGUUAGGCCAGGUGGGAGGAUUAGGUGGCAGGUGGCAGGAGUUUGUGCUAGUUAGCUAAAUGGGCCAAAUCAAAUCGUUGCAUUACACU